UCUCACUCCUCAGCAGAGACUGAAGGAGUUACUGUGUGGAAGAACCGGGCACACUCCACUCCGCUGCACCGGUUGAGCGGACGCGCCGUCUCUCGCACCAUGAGCAAGGUUUGCCACCACCUCGGGUUCCUGCUCCUGGCUGAAGCGGCUCUGUGUACUGCUGCCCUACGGUUCCAAGAUGUGCUGAACCAAGAACAAACUUCUCCAGCCACAUUGUAUAGGAAGAUACAAGGCUGGUCUAGUGAUCAAAAUGAAUGGAAUGAAAACCUUUAUCCCUUCUGGAAAGAAGGAGAUCCCAGAUGGAAGGACUGCUGGAAAGGAGGAAGGGUGAGAGCCAAGCUGGUCACUGAUAGUCCAGCACUGGUAGGAUCCAACGUGACCUUUGUUGUGACUCUCCAGUUUCCCAAAUGCCAGAAAGAAGAUAACGAUGGUAACAUAAUAUACGAGAGAAACUGCACCCAGGAUCCUCCAGCUCUGCAGGAUCAGUAUGUCUACAACUGGACUAAAUGGAUCGACAACUGCGGCUGGGAAAACUGUACGAGCAACCACAGCCAUAAUGUAUUCCCAGAUGGGAAACCUUUCCCUCAUCAUGCUGACUGGAGAAGGAGGAACUUUGUCUACCUGUUUCAUACAUUUGGUCAAUACUACGAAAAAAAGGGACGCUUUUCAACCAUUGUUUCACUCAACACAGCAAAUAUCACUCUUGGCAAACAUGUGAUGGAGGUUUCCAUUUACAGGAGAGGGCACUCAACUUAUGUUCCGAUUGCAAGAGCAAGUAGCAUUUAUGUUGUAACAGAUAAAAUUCCAUUAUUUGUGAACAUGUCCCAGAAAAAUGACCGCAACAUCUCAGACUCCAUCUUCAUCAAAGACUCACCAAUCACAUUUGACGUGAAGAUCCAUGAUCCCAGUUACUAUCUUAAUAACUCUGUCAUCUCCUACAAGUGGGACUUUGGAGAUGGAAGCGGCUUAUUUGUAUCAAGCAGCUUCAGUACACCGCACACUUAUACUCUACAAGGAAACUUCACUCUGAAUUUAACUGUCCAAGCUAUCAUACCUGUACCUUGCAAGCCAGUAACACCCACUCCACCACUGCCCACCUCAGCAGACUCUUCUGCUGUCGAGACAACGGAAGACAAGCCAGACGGAGGCUGCCAUAUUUACAGAUAUGGAUAUUACGGAGCUGAUAUCUCUAUUGUAGAGGGAAUCCUUGAGGUAAAUAUCAUUCAGAUGACAAACAUCCAGAUGACAGAAAGUCAAGCUGAAAACUCCCUCGUUGAUUUUGUUGUUACCUGCCAAGGGAGUCUUCCCACAGAUGUGUGCACGGUGGUUUCUGACCCCACGUGCCAGGUGUCUCGGAGCGCGGUGUGUGACCCCAUCGUCACUGACAAAUGCCAUCUCACCGUACGGAGAGCCUUUGAUGAACCUGGCACGUACUGCAUAAACAUCACCUUGGGGGACGACACAAGCCAAGCCCUUGCAAGCGCGCUCAUAUCUGUAAAUGGAGGACCAUCCUCCAGAACAACAGAAGGCGUCUUUAUCUUCCUUGGUUUGCUGGCCGUGUUUGUCGUCAUUGUGGCUGUUGUCCUUUACAAGAGAUACAAACAAUACAAACCUAUCGAGAGAAGUCCAGGACAAGCAGAGAACCAGGAGGGAUGGAGCACUUAUUUCAGCCAUUUCAAAACCAUUUUCUUCUCUAAGAGCAAUGAGAAAGAUCCCCUGCUGAAAAGCAAGCCAGGCAUUGUUUAAAUCUUUAGUCUAACACUGACAGUUAGAUUAAGUACAGGACUCACAUCUGAAUUGUACUUCGGAUUUUUUUUCUUAUAAAAACAAGGGGCUAAGGUGAUAACAUAUAGACUGUUUG